GUAAUCAAUCACUAAUGACUAAACUAACUCCCCUUUGCAGUUCAAGCUCAACACCACCUCUCUUCUUCUAACUUCCCCCGGACAUGUAUCAAACAAGCUACUAGUUUAUUCCUUUGCUCCGCCCUUCCCCAGUAAAAAUUAAAAAAAAUUCGCACUCUUGCAAACCACUCUAUAAAGUGUAACGAGUAAUUCGUCUCCUUCAGACCCUUUUUCGUUAUCAAUUAUCAAUCCGUCCCCCUAAUAAAAUUUCAGCAUCAAAAUCAAUAUGGAACCCGAAAGAGUUCCCAAAUCUUUUGGUUGUCUUCCGCACCGAAAUCUCAAGUUGAGCUUAAGCCGGUCCAGAUCCAAGUCUGCCUCCAGCUCGACCUCCAGCCCAAGAACUCCCAAAUCACCCUCCGUCACCCCACGCAAAAGCACCAGUUCCAGUACGAAGUCCAAGGAAGACGAGUAUCUAGAAGUUUUUCGCCGUUUCGACAACGACAACGAUGGAAGAAUCUCAGCAGUGGAGUUGAGGGCUUAUUUUGGUUCGGUGGGAGAGUACAUGUCCCACGAGGAUGCUGAAGCCGUGAUCCGUGAUGCGGACACCGAUGGAGACAGCCUCAUCGACUUUCAAGAUUUUCUGAGGUUGAUGAAGAAGGAAGGUUCAGAGGAUGAGGACUUGAAGGCGGCCUUCGAAAUGUUUGAAUUCCAGAAAGGGUCUGGGAGGAUAACGCCCAAGAGCUUGCAGAAAGUAUUGAGUCGCUUAGGGGAUGCCAAAUCCUACGACGAGUGUGUUGAAAUGAUCGAAGUUCAUGACACUGAUGGCAAGGGCGAACUCCAUUUUCAGGAGUUCCAGCAAAUGAUGAUGGCUUAACUUCAAUCAUCUUUGAUCUUUUCUCCUUCAAGUCCCCCCUAGUUCUUUAUUCUCCACAAAACAUGCAUGGUUCAGGGACGGGAUGUCCUGAAUCGCGAUCUAAGAAAUAAAACAAUGAACGCCCCAAAAAAAAAAAAAAAAAAUCGAAUCAUGUGCAAAACACGAAUCUAGCUAGCUAGAAACUCGAACAAAACUCCAAAUGUAAUGUGAUUGCUGUUUUAGUGCUGAUUGCACUUUUUAA